AUGGGGUCCCUCCCUUCUCUCCCUUCCCUCCCUUUUCUCCCUUCCCUCCUUUCUCUCCCUUCCCUCCCUUCUCUCCCUUCCCUCCCUUCUCUCCCUUCCCUCCCUUCUCUCCCUUCCCUCCCUUCUCCCCCGUCCCUCCCUUCUACCCCGUCCCUCCCUUCUCUCCCUUCCCUCCCUUUUCUCCCUUCCCUCCUUUCUCUCCCUUCCCUCCCUUCUCUCUCUUCCCUCCCUUUUCUCCCUUUCCUCCCUUCUCUCCCUUCACUCACUUCUCUCCCUUCACUCACUUCUCUCACUUCCCUCACUUCUCUCCCUUCCCUCCCUACUCUCCCUUCCCUCCCUUUUCUCCCUCCUUUCUUCUCUUCCGCGCCGUGCAUUCCCAUUGUCCCCUGCCUGCCUCACAAUCUAUCCUUCCAGCCUCGCCCUUGUCGUCCUGCCUGUCAUUCCAUCUCCCCUCCCUGCAUAUCCCUCUCUUCCUGUCCUCCCUUCUCUGCGCCUCUCCCCCUCACUGUGCCCCCUGCUGUACUAUUCCCUCUUGUUACCUUUCCUGCCACCCCUCCGAAGCUGAAAGCGAUCUCAAAGUGCUUUUCCUCACAUGCCUUCCAAAGCCUCCUUCUCCCCCUGAGUCCCCUCCUCCCCCUCGACCUGAUUCCUCUCGACUUCUUCCUGAUUCCCCUCAUUUUCGUCCUGAUUCCCCUCAUUUUCGUCCUGAUUCUCCUCAUUUUCUUCCUGAUUCCCCUCAUUUUCGUCCUGAUUCCCCUCAUUUUCGUCCUGAUUCUCCUCAUUUUCUUCCUGAUUCCCCUCAUUUUCUUCCUGAUUCCCCUCAUUUUCUUCCUGAUUCCCCUCAUUUUCUUCCUGAUUCCCCUCAUUUUCUUCCUGAUUCCCCUCAUUUUCUUCCUGAUUCCCCUCAUUUUCUUCCUGAUUCCCCUCAUUUUCUUCCUGAUUCCCCUCAUUUUCUCCCUGGAGGUGGGAGAUUUGGAGGUGGUAGAUUUGGAGGUGGGAGAUUUGGAGGUGGGAGAUUUGGAGGUGGGAGAUUUGGAGGUGGGAGAUUUGGAGGUGGGAGAUUUGGAGGUGGGAGAUUUGGAGGUGGGAGAUUUGGAGGUGGGAGAUUUGGAGGUGGGAGAUUUGGAGGUGGGAGAUUUGGAGGUGGGAGAUUUGGAGGUGGGAGAUUUGGGGGUGGGAGAUUUGGGGGUGGGAGAUUUGGGGGUGGGAGAUUUGGAGGUGGGAGAUUUGGAGGUGGGAAAUUUGGAGGUGGGAGAUUCGGAGGUGGGAGAUUUGGAGGUGGGAGAUUUGGAGGUGGGAGAUUUGGAGGUGGGAGAUUUGGAGGUGGGAGAUUCGGGGGUGGGAGAUUCGGAGGUGGGAGAUUCGGAGGUGGGAGAUUCGGAGGUGGGAGAUACGGGGGUGGGAGAUUUGGAGGUGGGAGAUUCGGAGGUGGGAGAUUCGGGGGUGGGAGAUUUGGAGGUGGGAGAUUCGGGGGUGGGAGAUUCGGAGGUGGGAGAUUUGGAGGUGGGAGAUUCGGAGGUGGGAGAUUUGGAGGUGGGAGAUUCGGGGGUGGGAGAUUAA